UUUUACUCUUGUCCUGUUGAAAUUGAAACCCUUUGUUCCUGUUGGUUCUACUGAUAUUUUUUUGAAUGCUGCUCGCUGAAAUGCCCUGUGGUAUUGGCCAUUCUAAGAUCUACCAAGAGUCGACUCCCUUGAAUGCAGGAUUGGAAUGGUUUUCUUAAAUAUUUUGGUCAUGGGCAUAUGGUCAUAGAUUUUGUAGCAAAGUAUGGUUGAUUACCUUUGCUGCUACACAAUGCUGGCAGCAAUGCCCUCCUACUUAUUAGCCCACAUCCCUCCAGCUUACCAACGCAAAGGAAAAAGUUAUAACGAACCAUUUUACAAACUAAUUUUUUUGCGUGCGCUUUUGGUACUGGCUUGAUGACGCUCCUGUAUGUGUAAGAACCGCUGGCUACCAGGGCCUCACUUCGUAUAGUAAUGCAGGGAUGUUCCCUAAUCUUAGGAGCCAGCUUAAAAAUCAGAAUCACCUGCCACUGAACCACAUCCCUCCUUUUACCUCAGCCAGCAAAUUAGAUAAACGACUUGCCUUAUUUUGUUCACCUCCUUUCUUCCUCAUGCUAAGCCUUUAAACAUUGCUGGGAGGAGGAAAUUAUUUAAGUGAAGGGCCUGAUCAUGAUGGAAAUCGUCCGCAUGUUCUUAGCUCUCUGUACCUUCUUCCAUGUAGAAUGCCCCAGCAUGGGCACGAUGUACCAUAACUUAGCUAAUCAUACACCACUGUGGUUAUGGUACAUAAGCUGAGAUAAUCGGAAGGGGUGCUUGCUCUGCCGCUAACUGUUGUGUGGUGUAAGUCCACUAAGAGUGGCUUCUAUUGAAGACAGCUGGUUGGUUGAUAUUUCACAUGGAUCAUGUUUUUCCCCUAUGUAUUUUAUUUUAGUUUUGUUUAUGAGGUCAUCAUAGAAACUGCAACGACUCAUUCUGCUCCCUCCUGUCGAAGGCAGGAUUUCAAAUUAGAGGAACAUGUGGCAACCACAAUCACCGAUGAAGUUAACUGGUGAACGUCCCAAUGGUAACAAAGAGAUAACAGAACCACAAAAUGCUGCCACGUGGCAGAUAGGGUUCCAUGCCACUUCAUCUCUCCACCCUUCCUGACACACUAUUUCCACAAGCCUUCUCCGCAAUUAACACCAGCAUACUGCUUGGAGUACGAGCCACAUCCUCUGGUUCUCUCUCAAACUCUAGCCUCUCGUUGCUUUACACUAAGGGGAAAAUAAAUGGCAACGUCAGCCACGCUCUCCGGUGCCGUCAUGAGCACCUCCUUUGCCCGUAGGCAGCCGGUGGCAACGAGCCUCCGGUCACUUCCCAAUGUGGGUCAGGCUCUGUUCGGUGUGAAGGUGGGUCGGGGCCGCGUAACGGCAAUGGCUGUUCACAAGGUCAAGCUACUCACGCCAGAGGGACCAAAAGAGUUCGAUUGCUCAGAUGACGUUUACAUCCUCGACCAGGCGGAGGAGGAAGGCCUCGACCUCCCUUACUCGUGCCGUGCGGGUUCUUGCUCUUCCUGUGCUGGGAAAAUCGUGGGAGGCAGUGUUGAUCAAUCAGAUGGGAGCUUCCUGGACGAUGAGCAGAUGGCUGAAGGAUGGGUUCUCACUUGCGUUGCUUAUCCAACUUCCGGUGUUGUUAUUGAGACCCACAAGGAGGAGGAGCUCACUGCCUGAUUUCACCGCAUGCAGCGCCUGCUUCUUGAACGUUUUCAGUGAUGAGUAAUAUUGCACGUUUGAAUGAAUGAUUAGUACAAUGUUUUUUGUUUCUUGUAAUCAGAAAUGAUAUUAUUGUACUUAUCUAAUUUAUUUAUGGAUAUUCAUGCUUGCAAGA